UGCCAAGCUCCAUCCAGCCAGAGCAGAGAAGCGGAUCUUUUACGCACACAGUCUGCGCUGCCUUCAGCAGACACACACAGCGUUACAAGCCGGGGAAGUUUGUCACUGUUGCUGCUGUUGCUGCUGCUGCUGCUGCUGCUGCUCUUUAUUUGUCUCAAUCCGUCUGCGAAUCGUCUGCAAGCAGGAGCAGCUGCUCGUGUGAUCAGCGUCAAGAGAUUUAACAUGGUGAUCAAAGUGUACAUAGCAUCGUCCUCCGGAUCCACGUCGAUCAAAAAGCAACAGCAGGAUGUCAUGGGCUUCCUUUCAGCCAAUAAGAUUGAGUUUGAGGAGUGCGACAUCGCAGCCGACAUGGCCAACAGGAAGUGGAUGAGAGAGAAUAUUCCUGAGGAGUCCAGGCCGGCGACGGGCAACCCUCUGCCCCCACAGAUAUUUAAUGAAAGCAAAUACUGCGGGGACUAUGAGGCCUUCUUUGAUGCCAGAGAGGACAAUGCCGUGUAUGCAUUUCUGGGUCUGACCGCUCCCCCAGGCUCUAAGGAGGCAGAGGCUCUUGCAAAGAAAGAACAGCAGUAGCAGCUUUGCAUUGUUUCUACCUGAGAGCUCAGGGUUGGACUUGGACCCAGACCUGGAUCCAGACCUGGGCCCAGACUGACCUGGAAAAGAUCCAAGGAAAAAAAGAAGAAGCAACAUUUCACCUAGCUUAUAAAUAUGUUGAUGGUGUUUAUUUCAGAAUGUUUGUUUUUUUUGUUAUUUGUGCUCAGCUGUGCCUUGUCAGCUGUAGUCAAUGGAGGUACUACACCAGAGCAUCAUGGGUAUCUUUAACAGCUCUGCUUCCUCCACUAACCUCAGCUAACCUCAGCCUGCUAAGCUUUUGGGCCUAAUGGUAUGUCAAUCAACCAUGAGUGUUAAUGUAUAGCUUCCUGUUUGGGAGCACAUCACGAGACAAAAGAAAGUUUGCACACCGAGAAAAUUGUAACACAGAUUCAUUCUUAGUCCAAAACACAACAUCAUCCAUGUCAUUGUCAUCCUUUGUGUUGACUCCAUAGGUCUGUGUAAGUCUUAGCUGUUGAAUUCAGAUCUUGUGCUCUUAAAUCACCAAAUCUGCAGCACCUUCUGUAGGACUUAACUAAUACAAUCCCAUUGUGUUGUGGUUUUUUUUAUUUACUUUAUAUUGUCUUAAUGCUGUUUUAAUAGCAGACUUUUUUCUACAAGAUGAUGUAUGUUUAAAAAUAACCUGCCAAAAGUAUGUAAACCCAGAGGGAUGUAAAAGUAACUUUGUUUUGUUAAUUAUUUGCCUUUUUGCAGCUUAGAUGAGUUGAAAAGGUGUUGGGUUUUUUUUUGUUUGUUUUUUUUGCUGUUGGCAUCCUGUUCCACUUUGUUUUGUAAAUCCCUGUUUUAUAUAGUUGAUACCUUCCUGAAAAUAAAACAGAAAUAAAACUA